AUGCGCAGCGACAGAAGGUUUGUGGUUGUGGCUCCAAACCUGAUCCGGACUGACACUGAGGAGAACGUGUUCAUUCAGGCCGACGCCGAAGUCCAAGUUAAGAUCCAUUUCAAAGACUACGUCUCGGAGAAUAUUCUGACAACUUCCUACGUCACUCUCAACAGUGAAAACAAGUUCCAUGCCCUGGCGCCCGUCCAGCUGCCAUCGAACUAUUUUGAACGAGAGAAGAAAGUAAAGCAGUUUGUCUACCUGGAGGUUCAGUUCGGAAAUGAGCACACUGAGAAGAGAGCUAUCCUGGUGUCCUUUCAAUCAGGAUACAUCUUCAUCCAGACCGACAAGCCCAUCUACAAACCAGAACAAUUCGUCAAAAUACGUGUGUAUGCCACCUCUCCAUCCUUCAAAGCCAGUAAUUCAAUGCCAGUCUCCAUCGACAUUAAGAGUCCAGAUAAUGUCGUGGUCGACCAGAAACCAAACAGGAAACCAACUCCAUACGGCAUCGUUCCUGUAUCCUACACUAUUCCUAAGAUUGGGUCUGAAGGAAAAUGGACCAUACAUGCAAAAUUCGAUGGCUGGCCUGAGAACAACUUCAAUACCACUUUUGAUGUUAAGAAUUAUGUCCUCCCUGAUUUCAAUGUCACUGCAAAACCCAGAAAACUGUACAUGGACGUGGAAGAUACUGAGUUGUUCGUGGACAUCACUGCUAGUUAUUUUUUUGGCGAGUCGGUCAUUGGGAAUGCGUAUGUGGUCUUCGGGGUGAAGAAGGACAAGCAGAUCAAGAUGUCUCCGAAAGUGAAGAAAGUCACUAUGUUUCAAGACGGGGGAACUCUCAAUAUCACAAUGAAGGAAAUACAAGAGGUGUGUGCAGUGCAGACUGACCGUCGGACAACGCAGGACUGCAGCGUCCACUCUCUGGUGGACAGCUAUGUGUACAUCAAAGUGUCAGUGCUCACCCAAUCAGACUCUCUUCAGACUCAGCUGCAGACUCUCAACUGCAGACUCUCUUCAGACUCUCAGCUUCAGACUCUCUUCAGACUCUCAGCUUCAGACUCUCUUCAGACUCUCAGCUGCAGACUCUCUUCAGACUCUCAGCUGCAGACUCUCAACUGCAGACUCUCAACUGCAGACUCUCUUCAGACUCUCAGCUGCAGACUCUCAACUGCAGACUCUUCAGACUCUCAGCUGCAGACUCUCUUCAGACUCUCAGCUUCAGACUCUCUUCAGACUCUCAGCUGCAGACUCUCUUCAGACUCUCAGCUUCAGACUCUCUUCAGACUCUCAGCUGCAGACUCUCUUCAGACUCUCAGCUGCAGACUCUCAGCUGCAGACUCUCAACUGCAGACUCUCUUCAGACUCUCAGCUGCAGACUUUCAACUGCAGACUCUCUUCAGACUCAGCUGCAGACUCUCUUCAGACUCUCAGCUGCAGACUCUCAGCUUCAGACUCUCUUCAGACUCUCAGCUGCAGACUCUCUUCAGACUCUCAGCUUCAGACUCUCUUCAGACUCUCAGCUGCAGACUCUCUUCAGACUCUCUUCAGACUCUCAGCUGCAGACUCUCUUCAGACUCUCAGCUGCAGACUCUCUUCAUACUCUCUUCAGACUCUCAGCUGCAGACUCUCUUCAUACUCUCUUCAGACUCUCAGCUGCAGACUCUCUUCAGACUCUCAGCUGCAGACUCUCUUCAUACUCUCUUCAGACUCUCAGCUGCAGACUCUCUUCAUACUCUCUUCAGACUCUCAGCUGCAGACUCUCUUCAGACUCUCAGCUGCAGACUCUCUUCAGACUCUCAGCUGCAGACUCUCUUCAGACUCUCAGCUGCAGACUCUCUUCAGACUCUCAGCUUCAGACUCUCUUCAGACUCUCAUCAGACUCUCUUCAGACUCUCAUCAGACUCUCUUCAGACUCUCAUCAGACUCUCAUCAGACUCUCAUCAGACUCUCUUCAGACUCUCUUCAUACUCUCUUCAGACUCUCUUCAUACUCUCUUCAGACUCUCAUCAGACUCUCAGCUGCAGACUCUCUUCAUACUCUCUUCAGACUCUCAGCUUUAGACUCUCUUCAGACUCUCAGCUGCAGACUCUCUUCAUACUCUCUGCAGACUCUCUUCAGACUCUCAGCUGCAGACUCUCUUCAUACUCUCUUCAGACUCUCAGCUGCAGACUCUCUUCAGACUCUCAGCUGCAGACUCUCUUCAGACUCUCAGCUGCAGACUCUCUUCAUACUCUCAGCUGCAGACUCUCUUCAGACUCUCAGCUGCAGACUCUCAGCUGCAGACUCUCUUCAGACUCUCAGCUGCAGACUCUCUUCAGACUCUCAGCUGCAGACUCUCUUCAGACUCUCAGCUGCAGACUCUCAGCUGCAGACUCUCAUCAGACUCUCUUCAGACUCUCAGCUGCAGACUCUCUUCAGACUCUCAGCUGCAGACUCUCUUCAGACUCUCAGCUGCAGACUCUCAGCUUCAGACUCUCUUCAGACUCUCAGCUUCAGACUCUCUUCAGACUCUCUUCAGACUCUCUUCAUACUCUCUUCAGACUCUCUUCAGACUCUCUUCAUACUCUCAGCUUCAGACUCUCAUCAGACUCUCUUCAGACUCUCAGCUGCAGACUCUCUUCAUACUCUCUUCAGACUCUCAGCUGCAGACUCUCUUCAGACUCUCAGCUGCAGACUCUCUUCAUACUCUCUUCAGACUCUCAGCUGCAGACUCUUCAUACUCUCUUCAGACUCUCAGCUGCAGACUCUUUAUACUCUCUUCAGACUCUCAGCUGCAGACUCUCUUCAUACUCUCUUCAGACUCUCAGCUGCAGACUCUCUUCAUACUCUCUUCAGACUCUCAGCUGCAGACUCUCUUCAGACUCUCAGCUGCAGACUCUCUUCAGACUCUCAGCUGCAGACUCUCUUCAGACUCUCAGCUUCAGACUCUCUUCAGACUCUCAGCUGCAGACUCUCUUCAGACUCUCAGUUUCAGACUCUCAUCAGACUCUCAGCUGCAGACUCUCUUCAGACUCUCUUCAGACUCUCUUCAGACUCUCUUCAGACUCUCAGCUGCAGACUCUCUUCAGACUCUCAGCUGCAGACUCUCUUCAGACUCUCAGCUGCAGACUCUCUUCAGACUCUCAGCUGCAGACUCUCUUCAGACUCUCAGCUUCAGACUCUCUUCAGACUCUCAUCAGACUCUCUUCAGACUCUCAUCAGACUCUCUUCAGACUCUCAUCAGACUCUCAUCAGACUCUCAUCAGACUCUCUUCAGACUCUCUUCAUACUCUCUUCAGACUCUCUUCAUACUCUCUUCAGACUCUCAUCAGACUCUCAGCUGCAGACUCUCUUCAUACUCUCUUCAGACUCUCAGCUUUAGACUCUCUUCAGACUCUCAGCUGCAGACUCUCUUCAUACUCUCUGCAGACUCUCUUCAGACUCUCAGCUGCAGACUCUCUUCAUACUCUCUUCAGACUCUCAGCUGCAGACUCUCUUCAGACUCUCAGCUGCAGACUCUCUUCAGACUCUCAGCUGCAGACUCUCUUCAUACUCUCAGCUGCAGACUCUCUUCAGACUCUCAGCUGCAGACUCUCAGCUGCAGACUCUCUUCAGACUCUCAGCUGCAGACUCUCUUCAGACUCUCAGCUGCAGACUCUCUUCAGACUCUCAGCUGCAGACUCUCAUCAGACUCUCUUCAGACUCUCAGCUGCAGACUCUCUUCAGACUCUCAGCUGCAGACUCUCUUCAGACUCUCAGCUGCAGACUCUCAGCUUCAGACUCUCUUCAGACUCUCAGCUUCAGACUCUCUUCAGACUCUCUUCAGACUCUCUUCAUACUCUCUUCAGACUCUCUUCAUACUCUCUUCAGACUCUCUUCAUACUCUCAGCUUCAGACUCUCAUCAGACUCUCUUCAGACUCUCAGCUGCAGACUCUCUUCAUACUCUCUUCAGACUCUCAGCUGCAGACUCUCUUCAGACUCUCAGCUGCAGACUCUCUUCAUACUCUCUUCAGACUCUCAGCUGCAGACUCUUCAUACUCUCUUCAGACUCUCAGCUGCAGACUCUUUAUACUCUCUUCAGACUCUCAGCUGCAGACUCUCUUCAUACUCUCUUCAGACUCUCAGCUGCAGACUCUCUUCAUACUCUCUUCAGACUCUCAGCUGCAGACUCUCUUCAGACUCUCAGCUGCAGACUCUCUUCAGACUCUCAGCUGCAGACUCUCUUCAGACUCUCAGCUUCAGACUCUCUUCAGACUCUCAGCUGCAGACUCUCUUCAGACUCUCAGUUUCAGACUCUCAUCAGACUCUCAGCUGCAGACUCUCUUCAGACUCUCUUCAGACUCUCUUCAGACUCUCUUCAGACUCUCAGCUGCAGACUCUCUUCAGACUCUCUUCAUACUCUCUUCAGACUCUCAGCUUCAGACUCUCAUCAGACUCUCUUCAGACCCUCAGCUGCAGACUCUCUUCAUACUCUCUUCAGACCCUCAGCUGCAGACUCUCAGCUGCAGACUCUCUUCAUACUCUCUUCAGACUCUCAGCUGCAGACUCUCUUCAGAUUCUCAUCAGACUCUCUUCAGACUCUCAUCAGACUCUCUUCAGACUCUCAUCAGACUCUCUUCAUACUCUCUUCAGACUCUCAGCUGCAGACUCUCUUCAGACUCUCAUCAGACACUCAGCUGCAGACUCUCAUCAGACUCUCAGCUGCAGACUCUCUUCAGACUCUCUUCAGACUCUCAGCUGCAGACUCUCAGCUUCAGACUCUCAGCUUCAGACUCUCUUCAGAUUCUCAGCUGCAGACUCUCUUCAGACUCUCAUCAGACUCUCUUCAGACUCUCAUCAGACUCUCUUCAGACUCUCAGCUGCAGACUCUCUUCAGACUCUCAGUUUCAGACUCUCUUCAGAUUCUCAUCAGACUCUCUUCAGACUCUCAGCUUCAGACUCUCUUCAGACUCUCAGCUGCAGACUCUCUUCAGACUCUUGUUACACCUCUUGUUCCAGGUGGAGAUCUGGUUGAGAUCGAGAGGAGCGACAUCAAAAUAGUGAAUUCACCUUUUGUUUUAGAAGUAAAAAACAUGCAAAAGUACUUCAAACCAAGCUUGCCCCUCCAUUUUACAAUCCUUGUAAAUUAUCACGAAGGAACUCCUGCACAGAAUGUCCCACUGACUGUCGAGAUGAAAUCCAUGCCAACGCUCAAAGUCAUGGGAAAUACUGAUGUGUCCAUCAACAUGCCGCCCGAGAUCGAGGCUCAGACUUUCAUUGUCAAAACUGAAAUGCCGGGUCUAAGUGCUAAAAAACAAGUCAAAAUGGAAGUGACUGUGCAGCCCUACAUCCCGGUGAACAGAGUAACACCCAACUACCUGUACACUCGUGUCGUUGGCAGCGUUCAAUUGGGAGGAAUGACCCUGGACCUGAGUGUUACGUCUGGGAGAGCAAGCAGCAUUCGAGAAAUCACCUACUUGGUCCUCAGCAAAGGGAAACUAUUGGCUGCCAAACGUGUAUCAGUGGAUCAACAACAGGUCACCAGUGUGAGAAUCGACGUCACUUCAGACAUGAUUCCCACAUUCCGCUUUGUGGCAUUUUACAUUUUAGACGGGGAGGUGGUGUCAGACUCAAUCAAGCUGGAGGUGCCCAACACAUGUGUCAAACCACCGAGUGUGAGCACAGCGCAACGCACUGACUUCAGACCUGGCAAAAUACUCAAGCUGAAGGUCCAAGGGGAGCCGUCGGCACACGUCAGUCUGGUGGCUGUGGACCAAGCCGUGUACAAGCUCAGCAAGAGGCGCUUCAACCAAAGACACAUCUUGGACGAGGUGAAUAGCAGAGACAUGGGCUGCACUCAUGGAAGCGGAGCGAACGCAAUGGGAGUUUUCAGUGACGCUGGACUGCUCUUUGCAACAAAUGGCGGACCCUCGACAGACGCCCGGCAAUACUUUAUUUGUCCAAACAGUGUUCGGAGGAGGCGCUCUCCCGAAAUAUUGAGGCAGUUUGAGGCAAAGCACCUCUCGCACUGCUGCAGAGACGGCCUGAAGCGGGUGCGGAUGCCGUACUCCUGUGAGCAGCGGGCGAGCUACAUCACGGAGGGAAUUCAGUGCGUCAAAGCUUUCCUCCAAUGUUGCGUCUUCCGAAAAAACCAAAUCCUCAUCCUGGGAGUUGGUCUGGAACGAAACAGCGGUAUGGGAGCCUCCCAAGACGUGUCAAAUCGUGAGGACAACGAUGCUCUUCAUGGCGGGGACGGCGGCGAUUAUGAUGAUGAUGAGGAAGAGGUAGACGUAAAUGAGAUCCAACUGCGUCACAAAUUCAAAGAAACGUGGCUUUGGGGGGAUGUGGAGUUGCCUGCGACACCCGACCAUGAUGGAGCAGCUACUGCAGUGUUAAAUCCAGAGGCACUACCAGACACCAUUACCCAGUGGUCUGUCCUCGCUGUGAGCUCCUCAAAGAAAACUGGACUUUGUGUGGCUGAGCCGUGGACGUUUGAUGUUAAGACUUCAUUCUUCGUGGAUCUGAAGUUGCCAUUUUCUGUUGCAAGAAACGAGCAGGUGGAAAUUAAAGCGGUGGUGUACAACUUUAUGGAUGAGGACUUGCAAGUGACUGUGGUUUUGGAUAAGACAAUAAAUAUGUGCAGCAGGGCCUUCAAUAAAAAGUACACACAGAGGGUGGAUGUGAUGGGCAUGGGAUCCACGGUCGUGCCCUUCACCAUCGUGCCUCUGAUAGCGGGAGAAUUACCAAUUGUUGUCUCAGCUUAUGUUGAGAACAUGGGCAGAGAUCGUAUCCAGAAGAAUCUUAAAGUUGUGGUCGAGGGAGUGCAGAAGACUGAGAAAAUAUCCAUCCACUUAAACCCUGCUGGACAUGGAGGUAAGCAGGUCAUUCAGACGAGUAAACCGGAGCUGAAGGGAGUGGUGCUCAAGUCUCAGCCAGUAACAAAGAUCAAGUUGACAGGAAACAUAUUGUCCGAAACCAUUGAGAACGCCAUCCAUGACGACCCUCUGAAUCGUUUGAUAAAAAUGCCAGGUGGUUGUGUAGAGCAGAACUUGGCAGGCGUCACUUUCCCUCUCAUUUCCUCUCUCUAUCUGGAUCAAACCAACGGCUGGGAAUCCGUAGGGGCGCAGCGCAAGGUGGAUGCUGACCAAUACAUAAUGACAGGAUUUGGAAAUCAAAUGCGGUUCAGACAUUCUGAUGGUUCCUACCCCCCAUACCGUGGAAUCGGCCCAAGCACAUGGGUCACAGCGUACGUGUUGAAGAUCUUCACCAUGACGUUCUCCAUGUUCUCGAAGAGAGGUCGACCAAUGGACAAAACACACUCCGAUGAAAUCUGCCUAUCACUGAAAUACCUUGUCAAAGUUCAGUCUCCAGACGGCAGCUUCACUGAGACCUUCCCUGUAAGAGAUACAGGCAUGUCGGGAGGCCUCCAAGGCGCUGAUGAUAAAGCUACACUGUCUGCGUUUGUCGCUAUUGCGCUGGCGGAGGUCAAAGAAGCAAACCUCGACUGCGAUUACAUGGGAAUCAUCACAGAGCAAGCGUAUGACAGAGUAUUUGCAUACUUGAAAUGGGUGCCGAGCACCAGGCCAUACACCACGGCCAUCGUUUCUUACGCUCUGUCUUUGCUCCCGGGCUGGACAUUCGACCCGACCAAAAGGUUGCUGGAAGCAUCUUCAGAUGGAACUUUCUGGCCUGAUGCAACCGCAAAGAUGGAGGCCACUGGACUCUCCACGUGGCUCCUGCUGGUCCCCUCUCUGCUCCUGCUGGUCCCCUCUCUGCUCCUGCUGGUCCCCUCUCUGCUCCUGCUGGUCCCCUCUCUGCUCCUGCUGGUCCCCUCUCUGCUCCUGCUGGUCCCCUCUCUGCUCCUGCUGGUCCCCUCUCUGCUCCUGCUGGUCCCCUCUCUGCUCCUGCUGGUCCCCUCUCUGCUCCUGCUGGUCCCCUCUCUGCUCCAGCUGGUCCCCUCUCUGCUCCUGCUGGUCCCCUCUCUGCUCCUGCUGGUCCCCUCUCUGCUCCUGCUGGUCCCCUCUCUGCUCCUGCUGGUCCCCUCUCUGCUCCUGCUGGUCCCCUCUCUGCUCCUGCUGGUCCCCUCUCUGCUCCUGCUGGUCCCCUCUCUGCUCCAGCGUCCAUGGGAAAAGAACGGGAGCAGAUCGCUAACGUCGCUAUGUCACUGGAGUCCGGUGUAA